UUCUCGACGCGACACCUUCGAGGCGACGGGGACGAGUGUCCUCCGCGCGGACGAUGUAGUUGUUGUUGUUGGUGCGGAGGAAGGAGGUGUGGGAUAUCGCUUCAAGCUCGAUUGACGCUUUUUUGCAUUGUUUUGCGAUUCCUAUUGGAGAAUCGUUAGAGACAUCGGUUACGUGAUCGGUAUAGAGUGCCUGUAUGUUGCGGACGUGAUGCAGGAGUUAUUAUAGAACGGACUCGAUUUCGUCGCUUGCUUCGAUGUAAACGACUGAACAUCGUGUCACGCAGUGUGUCUUUGUGUGUACCAUUGAGUAGACGACGAGGAAAUAACGAAGAUGAAGUUUCUCACCUGCUCUCGCUGCUUGUCGAUCGAGCCGGCCCCGCAGCAGCCGACCGUCCAGGAAAUAACCAACCCCCUGGUAGUGACGAAGCGGCCAGUGCCGAAAGUACACCCCCAGAAACCCAAGUCAAAAUCCAGCCCUUCGCCUCGCAAAAAUCGAUUUCCGGCUCUGCUGAGUGCCCUGACCUCGUGGCCCCGGCGACGACAGCCACAGCCGAAAAUAGUGGUACAGCAGCAGCAACAACGUCGUUCAUCACCGAGGAUGAAGACCGUCCGAGUACUCGUGUCGGAUCCAGCCCCGGCAGGACGUCGCCGGGCACGUCAUCGACCGCCCACGCGGACUCAGAGGCUGAUCCGGAUGUACGAGGAGAGAGCCGGCUCGCCGGAGGGGAAGAACUGUCUGUACCAGGAGGAGUACGUUAUCGAUCCACCGGCGAGCUUCAGCGGCGGGGACGACAGUCUGGAGAGCCACCAGAACUUCAAGAACAAGCUCAACACCCUGGACUUCAAGAGGAUGAACACCGUGGCUCUCGAGGCACCGGCCUCCCCCACACCCUCGAGAACCGACUCCGCCAUCUAUCGAAAGAACAGCUACGUCGAGAGAGACUCUGGGGCAGCGGUGCCGAUCGGCAAAUUCGCCAGGAAGACCCUGCUGGAGGACUUUCUUCGCGAGCGCCUCCGCAUCGAGCAGACGAUGAUCGAUCUGCUGAACGGCAGAGAUCCGGGAUCGGUCAUCCUGAAGAAAAGCCGCAACGACGACAAGAAGGUGCGCUUCAAGGUCGACCAGGCGGAGAAGGAGCUGCGCGUGAACGUGACGGGCGAGGGGAAACUCAGCCUUACCGACGACGGAAGGGUGGAGCAGGAAACGGAGAUCAAGCUGAGCGUCGAUCCCAGCGCCAAAGUCGAGGACUUCUACGUGGAGAAGAGGACGACUUUCUUGAAGGACAAGACCGUCGAAGACAAAGCGCUCGUGUUGAAGAUAUCCGCGCAGGACGAGGAGCAGGAGACGAUCGAUGACACGAAAAACGAAUCGAGCUACGAGAAUCAAAACGGCAAUCUAAAGACCAAUUCCGAGAGCCAACAGCAGCAGCAGCCGCAGGAAGUAGACAGCGACAAGAAAUUUCCAAAGAAUUCGCAUCACCUGGGCUACGCGACCGACAGCGAGACUCCGAGCUGCCUGGGGAUAAGGAUGCCUUGUGGCUCGCGCAGCCGUAGAAAUCGGCGCAACCGUCAACGCAAGCGGUUCCAGCGCUCCUCCACACCGCCUCCCGACGACGAUGCCGCCGAGGAACUCCCGGAGGUCGUCGAGGAGGAAUCGGUACCGGCAGCCAAUGACGAGCUGAGAGAAGUACCAGUAGAGAAAGAUGAAAAAUCGGCAGCAAAGGGAGAGCAGGGGACGAAGAUCGACGGCGCCACACUGACGAUCACGACCGAGCGCAUGUGUCCAGAAGAAUUGCCGUACCUCGAGAACAUGUCGACCGCCAGGGGCAGACUGAUGCGGCGUAACAAGAUCGAGAAGAAGGUCCUGAACACCGACACGCAGAUCUGCGAGAUAACGACCAUCCGAAACGCGGUACCGCUAGAGGCGCAAUUGGAUCACAUACCCGGAGUCGGGAUAGUCGAGUCGAGCUUCGCUAACAAGGAGAAACUGUCGCCCACCGAAAAUCCGUCCUCCACGGUGACGAUCUCCGAGCCCGCCGAACCGGUCGAGCCUCUGCCCAAAGAGCUGGCGUCGAAAGUGGAGAAUCUACCCGGUGCGAAGACCUGCAUGGCUCUGGCUAUCCCCAUGAAACGCUUCGACUUCCUGGAGAUCCAGGAGAUGACCGACAGCGACGUCGAGUUCGACAGCCCGGCUGUCCAGAAACCGCAACAGCAGGGCAUCAUCGUUGAGGCGGAAUCGGACAUCGAGCGCAGCGUCGACGAAGAACCCGAGGACAGCAUGUCCUGGGAAAUGGAGAAAAAGCUGCGCAACUUCAUCGAAGGCCUAAAGCUCCCAAAUUCGCCAGGCGACUCAUCGACGAGCUGCUGCAGCGGCAAGUUGCCCGAGUCGAAUUGCGGCGGGUGUGACGUACGCGCGCCGAGCAAAACUGCGCGGAAACAUCGCGCAACUGCGCCGACGACGGCGACGAAGACGGCGGCGGCGACACUUGGCGCGUAUCAGUCGCAGAUGAGUCAGGAGUCGAACAGGUGCCUCGACAUUAUACAAGAAGAAGCCGAGAGCAGCAAGUGCGACGAGCAAGUCGUCAACGACGACAAGCGACACAUUCGGGACUUUAUCAACGAGGAGAUCGGUAAGUUCCGAAGGGAGCGAAGGGAUGUGCCACUGAGGGAAGAGCAUAGAGAGCCGCUCGUGGAAAUGGAGAAACCCGAGCAGAGCCAAGGUGACGGGGAGACCAAAGAUGAAAGUGUCGGUGAAAACAAGUGCAACGAAGGCUGUGAUAAUAUUAGCGUAGAUGCUUCGCCGAAUAAGCCAGAGAGCAAAAUCGAGAACACGUUCGCUCAGUGCGAAAACGUGGAAACGUUCAUGAAUCUCGUGAAGAGUCUGAAGGAGAGUGUGAUAAACGAGGUCAGAUACUCGAAGAAGCAAUCGAGCAAUCAAGUCGAGGAGAGCAAGUGCGAGAGCAGAAGGGAAGAAAAAGUCGCGGAGGAAAAAUCUAGUCGAGAAAGCAGGCCAACCGUCUCGGUUCCUAAAUCGGACGAUAAAGCUUGCCAAGAGGCGAAUGUAAAUAAUGCGACGCAGCUCGUCGAUGCUUCGAGCGAAAGUGCAGUAGCAAUGGCAGAAGCCUCGCGUGGAAUUGAAGAAAAGCGCGAAACUCGAGCAAGCGAUGAGCCAGAAAGCACCGCGAAGAAGGACGCGAGCAAAGUUAAAAAUAACGAAAGUAAUAAUGAAGUGGAUUUAGAAGAUGUUAUAAUACAUGCUGUGCAAGAGCCCGACAUAAACAACGACACAAUAACGAAAACAACGAACGAUGAUCGCAACGACGAAAAUAACGAAGAAAAAAUAUCGGGAGAAAUUCCGCCGAGCGGCGGUGCUCCCGAUGCGAAUAAUGAAAAUAAAAUCGAAGGUAAGAGAGGAGGUAAAUUCUUCGACGUGGAUAUCGUUGCGGAGAAGGUUAUCUCCGUGGAGAGAGAAGAGAUAACCGAGACUAUCACCGAAAUCGAGGAGAAAAUCGAAGAGGCUAUAAAUAGUUCAAAGUGUGCCGGUGACGCUAAAUCAUCGGCGAGGCGCAGCGAAGAGCGCGUAAUGCCUGUUAAAAUCGAUGAAGCCAUAACGAAAACCGUAUCGAUAGAUAAGAAUCGAGUCGCUGACGAAUCGAAGAGAAAAAGCGAGGAACGCAUAAUCCCCAUUCAAAUAGCAGGUGCAAGCUCAGCGGCGACAAGAGAUAACGAUACGCAAGCAUCCGCUGAACCGAAGAGAAAGAGUCAAGUAGAGAGUAACAAGCCAUCUGCAGACGAGAGAAGGAUUCAAGAGCGAGUGAUACCUAUAAAAAUAGAAAAUGAAAGUAUACCUGAUGAACCGGAGAAAAAGUGCGAAGAACGGACGAUACCGAUACAGCUGGAGACCCUCGACUCGCAAGCUCCCCAGCCACCGAAAAGAUCCACGAGCUUGCGCCAACCCCCAGACAUCCCUCUCUGCGAGAACAUCAUCUACAUCGAGAAGAUACCACCGCCUCCUCCCGUCCGCCGUCGCAACGUCUUCCUCCUCCAGGACACGCACUACCCUCCGGACUUCCCCCUCCACCCCUACCAAACUCCCAAGUUCGCCGUCUACCACCAACGCGCUCUCAACGCCUUCGACUUCGAAGAGCAGGUGGAGAUCGUCGAGUUCGUCAAGUCCCUUCUGUCGGUCCUCUCGAACCACGAGAGCACUCGCCAAGACGUGCAGAGCCUCCUCACCGGCUACGACCUUGAAAAGCUCCCGGCGAACAUCCGCAACAUAAUCGACGACCUGAUGGCGCCGACUCCGAGCCUCAGCAGCGCCUCGACGACCACGAGCGACAGCUACGCUGACUUAUGCAACGACUUAUACGAGGAACAGCAGCGAGCCGAUAAUAAAAUUGGCAUUGCCGAGCGGAGCCUUGAAAUAGAUGCGCGUCACGAAAAAUUCCCCGAGUUCAGCCACUCUCGAGAGCUCGCUCAAGUGGACGAGCUCACCACUCCAUCAAAGCUCGUCCAGACACCGGAGAAGGCGGCUCGCGAGAGCAUACCUCAGCCGAUCUUCUCCUGCAACGCAGUCAGCCCAACCGAUUUCCAGGAUAACGUCAACCAUCAGCGCCAGGACUCGUCGAGCAGUGCGGCGUCCCUCAGUACCGCCAAGUACAAUCCAGAGCAACGAUCCUCGCCGACUGAUGCGUCGCCGGCAGAGGAGUCUGGAACGCAGCCAAACGACGAUCAUCUGUACUAUGUGCCCCUCGGCAGCGCCAAUCUUGGCGACGGCGCAGCCAAGUUCAGCGACGAGUCACCGCCGGAUUCGCUGAAGGACCUGUGCAUCAGGAAAAUUCUGUCGAUGCCGUGCGGCGAUCAGAUCAUCAGCGAGAUAGCCCUGCCCAAGUUUAAUAUAUUCAGGAGCUUGAAUAACUUACAGGAUUCGAUGAAGGGCAGGACUGCCAACGGCGACGUCAAGCGUCAUGCUGAUACGAGAACGAUUGAGGUCAAAAGAAGGACGGAGACGACUAAAAAGGUGGAAAUCGAGGAAAUGACGCAACAGAAGACGAAAAAUUGGACCGGCGUCCCGACAAAGGAGAACCCAAAGCUCCUGGUCUGCUUCUCCCCGGCACAGCAGGAGACAAUAGUCCGUACCUCGGCUGACAACCUCCUGGAUCUUCACAAAAAGUUCAUCAACCGCCGCAGUUACCACCACGACCACAGCCAGUCGAUCUCACCCCCCAAGUACUUCGUCGACGUCAGCCCCCUCGAGCCUACCACCUCGUCUAAUCGCUUGUUAAGCAUCAUCAAAGAGAAUCCAAUACCCAAUAACCCGCGGGAAAAGUCAUCCUCAUCCAACACUCACGAGGAGCGAUUGCGCGCGACUCGACUCAGCGAUUGGUUGAGUCUGGCUAGACGCGCGCCGCCUACUGAUAACGCCGGCAGCGCUGGCGUAUUUAUAGAGACCAGACACCAGCAGUCUGCCGAUAAGAGGCGGCACGUGAACAGCGCGCUCAUAGCGACACCGGAGCAGCCGAGAAACGCGACGCCCACCAAGAGUCCGAUGACCAGCGACUUGAACAACAGCUGGAGACCGGUUAUCGAGCCGUGGUACGUCAAUCCGGCGCUUAUCAUCGAGGACAAGCCCGAGGUGCCACCGAAAGUCAAGAAACAGGUGACCGUCGACAAGGACUGCAUCGAUACCAGGAGUAUUUUUGACAAGGGACUUGCUAAGAGCAAGACUCCGGAUGAGGCGAAGCAGGUGAACGCGGAGGAGGUCAUGGAGAACCUGAAACAGCUGCAAGCUGGAAUGCGAGAACAGCUGGAGAAGAGGAAGAGAUACUCGCUGCCGCAGGAGUACUACGAGAAGCAGCUGAGGUACAUCGAGAAGCUGGAGAAGCAGCUGAAGGAUGUGAUCGUUGCCGAGGAGGAUGAGAAGAGGGCGGCCGAGGAGUUCCAAAGGGAGCUCGAGCACAGGCGAAGGGUCAACAAACUGAGGCCCUACAGCGUCAUCGAGUCCAGUUUUUUAGACUGGCCUAACAAGGAGGCCCAGCUCAACGGAAAAUUGAAGGGCGAAAAUGAAGGUUGCACGACGCACAAGGACCAGUGGAAGGAGUCCUCGAAGAAGGUCGACGGCGACAACUCCGAGUACGACAACAAGGAAGGAUCUCGCGAAGUGACCAAAGAGGUAAAGAACAGGAAGGACUUCUACUCGGAGACCUCGACCGAGACGAUCGAGCAUAAAGAGGAGCACAGCAGCACCACGACUACCAUCCUCAACGACGACUCAUCCCCCAAGGAGUCCAAGCUCAAGAACUUCCUACGCGACUUGAACGACCCUACCCUCGACGCCAAAAACGAGUCAAAAAAACGUCCCAAACCCGAGCGUCCCGUCUCCAUAGCGGCUAUUCCCACCAACGGUGAAGUCUUCCGAAAGCAGAUGUACGACGAGUACGUGCACAAGGUCUUGGAGCGCGAGGAGCGCAAGCAGCACAAGGUUAUCAAGAUCAGCUCGCAUACGGACCUGCCUCAGAAGCGCCCGGCGACCACCAAACGCAACCGGGACUUCUCGAACCUCAACAAAGUCGAGCAGGAGUUCAUCGAAAAAGCUCAGAGUCGCCUCAACAAAUACGGCAUCAAGCUCGACGAGAGCGAAACCGAAGCGGCCAGCAGUGGCACCGAAGAGUCCUGCAAGCAGCAGCUCGCCAAGUUCCUCGUCGAUGGCGAGGAAAUCAAGGACCCAAAGCACCUGCCCAAACACCUGCGGGAGUUCCUCAAGCUUUCCGCCGAGCAGGAAAACGUCGAGGGUGUCUGGUCGCCGGGAAGCGAGUCGGCAAAGCCACUGCGACAGCCCAGUCCCGAACGAGGCAAGGAGGGGAAGGAUGAUCCUAUCCCACCGGUCUGGACACCCUCGAGCGCAGGUCCCAGUCCGGUUCCCGAGAGGAAAGAGUUCCGUCCAGUUCCCUUCGAGAGUCCUGUCCUGAGCAGGAAGAAAACCACUCAGCAACAGCAGCCGACAGCGGAUAACAGCAGUACAGCGCCUUGGCAGGAGGACGAGUACAAGAGGGAAGCAUCUCAAGUUCUCUCGCAGAGCGUACCCUCGCGAAUCGUCAAUUCGUACUCGGCACCGGCUCAGGGCUUAAAUUCACUCGCCGCCGCCGCUGCUGCACCCCGACUGCCUAGGGCGCAAAAUCCUACCAUCACUCUGCUGCAGAAGGCCAGAGAGGGACAGUUGCCAAAGGGAGCAGCCUAUUUAGACGAGACCGAUCAUAUUGCAGCCGGCCGAGCCGACGAGAAGCCGUUGCUUAGUCCUGGAGAAGUCAUCUACACGCUGAAGAAGGAGUACGAGAGCGAGCCGGAAAGCGAAAAUGCUCCGCCAAAGAAGAUGGCCGAUCUCGGCCCCCGGAAAUACGAGGGUAUCGGUCCGACCACCCGUGCCGGUGUACCCAUCGUUUUGAGAUCCGAAGUCAAAGAGAAUAACCAAGCUAAGUGGUACAAGCGAAUGUACGAAUCCCUUCAUCGCGCGCCAAAGAACGACGACUACGUAACCAUCCGCUACAAACCACAUCGAGGCACGAGAACCGGCUACAGCGGAGCAUCAAGCGGAUAUCUGAGCGAACCCGAGCCCGCGCGAACAUACUCCGACAGAUCGGCUACUCUCGACAACCGCCGCCACAGACAGCGCAGCAAUAAGGAAAAUGACUACUCCACGGCUACUUUGCCCAGACCGACUGGACGCAUAGACGGUCACUACUCCCCGGAAACGUACCACCUUCAGCCAGGAAGGAUAGAGGACUACGAGCCCGGCAACUGUUCGAUCCAAGACAAGGAAGCCAAAGAGCCGCCGUCUGAUCUCACUUGGGCGAAGCGGAAGUGGUGGGACGAGGUCAUGGACAUAUUUGACGGGUGGCUGGACGAAAACGGACACCUACAACCCCGAGGAAGUAGCCUGAACAACCCCACGACACCGACGACGACGACGCCGACGACGACGACGACCACCUUACUCCAGCGAUCGUCGAGCACCCGACCGUCGCUCCAAUCCAACUACCGUCAGCUCUCUCAAAGUCCGUUCGAACAGUCCAACACACACUCGCCCAAGUCGUACAUGACUCACGCUCUCAAGGAGUCCGGCUAUGAGAGUGACUCGACGCUAGUCUUCCGUCGUCGCGAGGACGCCAGUCCAUUGAGUCCUCUCGAGCAGAGGAUAGCCUAUAAGACCGUUCAGAAAGGAGGCGACGUUCCUCUUCAUGGUCUUCGCAAGCCGGCACCCGAGCGUCCCAAAGACGACACCGAGAUCGAGUACUUCCCGAUCUCGCCAACUCUGACAAGGAUUCGCGUUCACAGGAAGAGCAGCUGCAGUUCGGCCUCGCCAGCAUCCUCGACUUCGUCGAUGAACGUCUCGCGCAUACCCGUCAGUUCUAUGGCGUCGAGGCGGUCAACCUCCCAGCCGCUUUCCUCCACAAGAAGCAGCAGUAAUCCGCCGUCGUCGGUUAGGAGAAACGCGAUCGCGAGUAGUAACGUUAACGGUAGCCGGGUACCCUCGCCCCCUAAGAGAAAAUCUUCGCGAAACAAUCGGACUCUGAGAUUGUACUCGAGUAACUCGUCCGUCGUGAAAAGUCAGGACGGGAGGCACGAGCAGUGCUUUGUCGAAGAGCAGAUAUCGAACAUCAGGUUGUUGAAGGAGAGGCUGAAUUCGAAUAUCGAGAGGCAGAGGAAGGACAGAGAAGAUCUGCAUAGGCAAAGGGUUGUAAGGACCGCGUCAGCGAGUCCGGUUUCCUUGGUCAGGCGACCGAUUUCGGGCAUUUGUCUGGAGGCCAGGAAGAGAAGGUCCGAGCCCUGUCUGUCUCGUAGUCCUUGUGACUCGAGCGACGUACUGGUGAGUCGAGCCAAGUAUAGGAUCUGCACGUCAGCCAGUCCAGUCGCCAGAUCACCGAAGCUACCGCUGGUGAAGAAACCUUCGGAGGUGAAAUCGACGAUCGGUAGAUCGGGUUCCAGCACCUCUGUAGCUGGUUCCAAUCGGGACUUGAGAAACGUCGACAGAGUCUGUCAGCACGUAUCCCGAGCUAAAACAAUCAGUACACCGGUUAAGAAGGAUCCGAAAAUUCGCAGGACUAAGAAGGAACAAGAGGAGUCCUGCAAGAGACUCAGCCGGUCGACUGCCGAUCUCACGUCGCCCGUUGAGGUUAGAAGGGUCCUCCAGAGACAGAAGGAAAAAGACAAACAUCCGAGAACUGUGACGACCAAAGUUCUGUCUACGGGGACGAUCGUUAAAAGUUCGUCAGCGCCGUUCACAUCGAGUAUCGGUAGCAGUCGGCUCAAGCUCGACGAGAAAUCGUUGAAAGUUACUGUAGCCAUCUCGCCGAGGGGUAGGGAAAUUUUCAGAAAACCGGGAGAGGCUGGAAAGAGCACUUCUGGAAAGCAGAAGAACUUUGUCGCGGAGAAUAUUAACGAGUCCAAGAAGAGAAGAGUAAAGGAUAAGACGCCGACAAUUAAGAAAUCGGAAUCGGUUCAGUCGAUAUCGAGCAGAGGUAGUCCCAAGCCACAGAAGGACAUUCAGCCCAUCGACACCCACAUGAAGAAUAAGAAUAAACAGGUCUCGAAAGACUCCAGCAAGGCUACCAGUCCAGGGCGAGUGAAGACUAUCGAGAGAAUGACCAGAUCGGAAAUCGUUACUCCCACCUUGACCGUAGAUCUCCUGAGACAACAUCAGGAGGCCACGAUGUCCGACUCCUUCUUCCAGCACCUCUUCCUACGAGACAUUCUCCUUACUUCAUCUCAGACCAAUCCUCCGCGUAAAUCCUCGGUUUUAGACCGAGCUCGCAUGUUCCAAGAGAUGAGUUACAGCGACAGUUACCGAUCCGAGCCAUCUCUCAAAUCGCUGAGCCUCUACCUGGCUAAUAAGCGACCGGUAUCUAAUUCUCGCUUCCGCAACUGGGAGCGCGAAAGCGCGGCUUCUUCCAGAAGUUCCAGUCCUUACGGGCUCAGAUCAUCAGCCGUUGCGCUAUCGAGAUUCCACAAGUACGACAGUUUACUCCGAGUCGACGAGUUCGGAUCGUCGAGUUCGCUACGCGGUAGGAGUCCGGACCUGACUCGCGAGUGCCCUAAGGAGAGAAGUCUCAGCGAACCACCAUUGAAAACCCUACGAGAAAAUUCUGAUUUGAGCAGCAGACGAUCGCCGUCGCCAUCGCCGGUCAGGUCACCUUCCAACCGCAAGAUACAGAGCUUGAAGCAAGGUGACUCCGACAGUGCGGCCGAGAGUUUGUCCAAAAAGUCCAGAGCUAGAAGCGCGAGCGAGAUGGACUACAUCUACGGCUACAAGCAGAACUUUGGGUCCAAUGCGUCUCUAACUAGGAGUACAAACUCGCUAAUGAACUUCCCGAUCGAUCGCGAGGAUUACCAGCAGUAUAUCUUAGAGAGACUUCACUCGAGACAGAAGUCAAAACGCUACAAGGAUUUGUACGACUUUUACACAAGUCUGGAGAGGAUGGGUAAGCUGGAGAAGACCACCUCGACGAACGACCUUCGCCCGAGGUUGAGAAACGAGGAGAUAAUCGACUACGAGCGUUGGAAGCAAGUCAGAACCAAAGAAAAGGCUGAGCUGGAGCUUAAGGACCUUUACAGGAAGCUUAAAUUAGCUCAGAAAGAGAAGGACUUUCUGUUCUCCACCAGAGACGUAGAUCACUUUAAGUGGCGUGGCGACUCCAGCCUGCGCUGUAAGGAGAGAUCGGUGGAGAACAUAAGGGAGCAGUUUCGAAAAUUGGCCAAGGAAGAAAGCGAGCUGGAAGCUAUGCGGCAGCGAGAGAUAGCUUCGAAGAAGGACACCUACAAACCGCUGUGGCGAGGAAACUCGGUGGUGAACGUGGCCAACACGAUGACGAGGAAAGCUGCUGAAAAGGCGGAGUUUGACAGAUCUUCCGUUCAGGCAUCGCUGCAGAGGAGUCUCGGUGGAAGCAACAAAUUCUGGAGCAGUCUGUCCAUCGAACAGGUCACCGCCCUGAAGAACCAGCUUAACGAUAUCUACGGUAACGAUCCGGUAAUCCCCAAAAAGGUGAUCAAGUCCAAGUCUCCGGAACCACCUGUCACCACUUCCCAGACACCCGUGACCAACGGUAUCUCGGAAUCCCGCAAAGAGCAUCUCGAAGAAAUAAUCUCGCACUCCAAACGCGUGCGAAAAGAAACCCUCGUCUCCGACAGCGAGCAGUCCAUGCUGUCGGUCUCGGAGUACGAGAUCGUCGUACCAAAGAGGAAGAGAGACGUGUCUCCGGAUGACGGUCAAGGCCUCCACGUCCGCUGUCACUCCAUGAUCCAGAACCGUACAAGGCGCGGUGACGAGGCCGACGUGAUGAAGCGCAGCGGCUCCAUCAGUCGAGUCUCCAGCCUAGAACGAUCUCAAUCCGAUCGUGCACCGAACUCCUCUCCCAUGAGCGAAGUCGAGAAGAAGCGGCUUUCGCUGACUCUGGGAAAUGAGAUGCUGGAGAAGGUGAGUCAAAAGCUUACCACAUCGAUGGUCCGACCUCGCGAGACUCGGGGUGCCAUCGCGGCCAAAAGCGCGUCCAGCAUAUCGCCCAGGACCUGCUCGUCCAUGGACGCGGCCACGAGCGACGACAAGUCAAAAAACAACUUUGUGCUGGUCCUGACCCACAACGACGAGGGACCCGAAAAGGAACGCGUCGAGCGAGUCAUGAAGGAGUGGUCCAAGAAGCAACCGAUCCCAGAAGCCGCUACCGAUCAACUGGACAGCACGACCGAAAGCUCCGACACCUCCAUCCGCACAGUUGUCCGUCGUUCCAGCGAGUGCGACGACCUCCUUAAGAAGGUCGAGUUCUACGAGAAGAUCGAAGAGCACAGCCGCAAGCGACCCUCCAGCAGCCCAAGUCCCAGCAAGCUCUCCUCCGCCCAGAGCUUCGCCGAUCUCAAAGAUCUGUUCGGCGAGUGUGGCUCAGCCCGUUACCGGACCCUCCCCCGUUCCCGAUCCGCAUCACCUGCCGGCAAAGCGGAACAAACGACCGGUGGCAAUAACAGAGGAAGAAGCUCUUCCGCCUCGCCGGACGUGGUGGCGAGCACGCGACGACCGGUCCGUGACCGAUCGCCGCUGCAGUCGCACAGGCCGCGCAGUGUCAGUCCGUACCGCGUCGGCUCGCCCGACUCCUCGACCAGCCUCGAGAGUCUCUGGCAGCGCUGCGGCUCUCCAGAUCCCGAGAAGUACUGGAGGACCUACCUCAAGCUCGUGCGCGACGGUACAGUGCGACGGCUCCGCGCAAAGUUCGAAAGCUUGGAGGAGCUUUCCCAUGCUGGCCGCAGGAGACUCGCUCUAGCGCCCAAACGAUUCCAGAGCGACCCGGAACUAGCCAGGAACCUGUUAAAGAAGGUCACCGAUACCACCAAGAAUUACAUCAAGCCACAGGAGAUAUCCGAUGUCGCCUGGCUUCGCAGGAAGUACGAGCCGCCGCCACGAGGUAGGAGACGCAGGACUUCGCCGAUUCUCAGAGUCCCCUGGAGGCUGGAGGACCUCACGAUGCCGCACAUCAACGUCAUCAGCAAGACAGCCGAACUGAAGGACUCGGCCUCGCGCAAACCCUCCAACUCCAUCGCCCACAAAGAGGAAACCAAGGAGUUGGAGGCCAGAAGAGCCGUGAACCGCGUGCGCGAAAUUUUCGAGCGCAGCUUGAGCCCUGACAGCAAAACCUCGAUCCUCGGCGAGAUGUUCACCUCGGCUCCCAACGUCCACGAACUCCGGGACAUAGCUCCGUACUUGGCCGGUCGUUGGGUGGCCCACCAGUACCCCAGUCGCUACGAUAACUCGCGAUCGGUGUCAUCUCCCCCGGACCUCUCCCGGGAAUCCGAGGACUCGUCCCAACGCUCCAAACGCUCCAUAACACCGCCGAGUCGAAAGAAGAAAUUCGCCGGAUCCAGAGCCUCGUCCACGAGUCCUGUGCGCCCGAGAACACCAGUGUCGAUCCUCAAGCAGUCACCACCGCACUCGAGCAGCAGCGACGUCUUCGCCAACCAGCCGUUCGACCCGAGUAAACACAGGCCGAGAUUCAGGUACCAGCCGCCGCCACCACCGUUACCGCAACCUCCGACACUGAUGACGGUGACGAGACACAGGAGCAGGAACUGGUGUCCACCGAUACCCACCUACAACGCCAGGCCCACCGUCGUCACCUUCGAAGAGUACACGAAUGCACCGCCACCGCCACCGCCAAAAGCCCAACACUACAGAGGCGAACGCCAAGAGUCGCCGCGUCGCUAUGUCGAGGGCGAGGUGACGAUCCACUACCGCUCGCCGGUGCGAGCCGAGGCUAAGGAACCCCUCAGCGAGGAGGAGCUCGCUCGACGCAGUGCCGAGAACAUGCGCCGCGUCUAUCAGGAGGAACGACGUCGCAAGUACCUUCAGGAGCUCCACGAUAUCGAUUCCAGACGUCACACCGAUAAUUUUGUUCCGUCUCAGAAGUCUCCGAUUCCUCUGAACCGCUACGACGACUUCGUCGACGACCUGAGCUACCGCAGCAGAUCACAGGAGCAGACACCGGAACCUCGACUGGUCGCUCGAGCUCUCUACAACUUCGUCGGUCAGUCACCCCGCGAGUUGACCUUCCGUCGAGGUGACCUCAUCUUCGUACGCCGCCAGGUCGACAAGAACUGGUACGAGGGCGAGCACAACGCCAUGGUCGGGCUGUUCCCCUUCAAUUACGUCGAGAUAAUUCCGUACGACGAAAUCAGAACGCUGCCGAAGAAGCCGUACGAAGGACAGGCGCGAGCCAAGUUCAACUUCAUCGCCCAGACGAAUCUGGAAUUGUCUCUGGGCAAAGGGGAACUUGUAUAUUUGACCAGGAGGGUCGACGAGAACUGGUACGAAGGCCGCAUCGCCGGCAGAAAAGGAAUCUUCCCGGUUUCCUACGUGGAGGUCAUCAGCGAGCCUGGACACAGGCCUGAAACGCCUGUUCAAAGCAAACCUGUUGCCUCCCCCGCUGCUCACAGUAUGCUAUCGAACGGAUCGGCCGGCGGGAAGCUCAGUAUGGGACCCCAUCACUAUACGCCUUCGUUACCCGUCAAUAUUAACACAACUCAGCCCCACUAUAAUUCACUGCCAAAAGGAGGGAGCAAGUUGCACGUGGCACCAGUUAACGAAACUCUGCACAUCGAUACGCACUCCGAACCGAUUCCGUACCGAGCCCUGUACAAUUACCGGCCGCAGAACGAGGACGAACUCGAGCUCAACGAAGGCGACACGGUCUACGUGAUGGAGAAGUGCGACGACGGCUGGUACGUCGGCUCGUCCCAGCGCACCGGCUACUUCGGCACUUUCCCCGGGAACUACGUCGAACGCUUGUGAGGCCGGCUAAAAAGCCGCGACCUCGAGCGCAUCAGACGAUCCUAGGGUCUGGCCCCGGCCGUAGUCGGGUCCUACUUCGGGCCCGCUACGGCCGCUGCUCUGCUGAGCGGCCAACAGCUAGCUCCGUCGUCGCCGCCGAGGCGACGCUCGCGCAGCAUCGUCGAGCGCAUCGUCUCGGCCAUUCUGCCGAGCAGCAUCGCCAACUGCACCAGCAGCCAUAGGCCGCCGCCCGAGUGAGGCAGUUUAUAUACAUCUCCCUUUAUCCAAAGAUUAUGAAAGCUCGCUCUUCUGUAUAACGAUGUAUACUAUAUAUAAUACUUGAGGAGUGCGCGCGUCUCUUACUGCGGGCCACCUUUCGUCGGCGCGACGCGCGAGGCAAUAAUUUCGAGGGUUUUUAUACGAGCCUGUUAUUGACUUUGGAUUUUUUCAUACUUUUGCAAUUUUAAUAAUAAUACAUGGGAAAAUUUUUACGAUAUAUUUACACACGACGACGCAAUAAUAAUCGAAUGCGCGGCGUCGAAAGGUGUCGCGCGGUCGCGUGCGGGCUCCGGAACGAAAAUCAGCGUUGUAAAUAGCGAACGAGAAACAGUCUUCCUGCAAUACUGAGCGAGUCUUAUAUAUACCGUAUAUUCUUUUGUAAAAUCGUCCGCGAGGACGCACUUUUUCUUACAAAAAAUACGUGCACGAGAGAGCGCCUCUCUAUCGUUUGAAAAACGAUCGAAAGACGCGAUCGUCGGUUAUUCGUCGUCAGCGAGGCGUAUUCAAUCAUUGUAGGCUAUAAAGAAUGAAAGAAGGAAAAUAAUAAUAAUGAUAACGUCGCAUCUACCAAAAAGUGGGCUGAAACGAGGAGUAACGAUUAUAUUAUUAUAUAAUAUCGAGACGCCGAAUCUCUCGAGAGAGCUGUAAGCUGUAAACGUGUAAGUAGUGUAUAAAUAACGUUCUAUAGAGUCAUCUUGGUAUAAAUGCAUAUUUAUGAGGGUUAAGAAGCCACGUUAAAUAAUAUCGCAUCAAAAAUGCACUUUUUCGCGCUUUCCCAAUAAGCGGCACGCCGAUUCAAUGUACGCGCGCAUUUUCGCAAGCAUAACCGCGAGGAGGUGCGGACGUUGCCUACCUUAUCGACAAUAUACACUUGUUUAUCGCAUUCGAGUGUUUCUUGCUUUUUUUAUACGAAAUGAAUUUGUUGAUCAUGAUAGGUGAAUUUGAAAAUUCGAAUUGAAAACAUUUUUUACGCCCUGUGUAGAUAAGGUAAAAAACUUUUGCAUCUUCUUAUAUCGAGCUGAAAGCACUGUAGAGACGAAAACAAAAAAGAACGCCUGAAGCAUAUAGAGACUGGACUAAGUGUGCGCGAAACGAAAAGAGGAAUAAUCAAAAGGAUUAAAAGAUGGCUAUAGUAUAUAGUAAGCGCGACUGCCGUCGACCAAAAGUUUGUACUUGAAAUUCAGAAUUUCAAACGCGAGCUCAGAACUACACACCAUUGAACCUGUACCUUCUACGAUACGCAAAACUUUUAAGCAUUAACGAUAAUUGAAUUAAAGCAGAAAAUUAUAUAACAGUAAUAUUAAAAAACUACUAUAAUAAUGACUCGCAAUUGAAUACGUAUGAAAUACGAGAGUGUUCUGAUUUGUAUUUGUAUUUCCAUAUUGUAACGAAGGGAAACGAUAUUAUACACUGUUAUAUUUGAUUUUGAAAAAAUGCGCGAUGCUGAUGUAAACUCAUUUCUUAUAAUAUGUGCGCUCGAUAUACGCGUUUAUCAUUGAGAAUGUUUGCCUUCCCAAAUUCGUAUUUUUGUAAAGGAUUAUUUGAUACCUCUACGUAAGGUUCGAAUGACGUGACACACACACACAUGAUGAAGCAAAAGCAGCGCAUAUGGUUAAAUAGUAUAAUAACGUAAAAGAAAACUAUCGCAUAUUGUAUUCGAAGUUAGCUGGUGUAACGCUGUAACCUAUGCAGACGACAAGAAAAGGAGUACGAUUUAUUCGGAUUUUUUCUCUAAUCGAAAGCGACGCUGUUGCUCUCCUAGAGUGUCUUUUGCUUUAAAGGGACAAAAUCAAACGAAUUGGAUGCAUAUUUUAGUCGAUUUUGAGACACAAAUCGAUGUUAAAUUAUGUGGUUAUUUGAGUUAUUAGCGAUUGAUAUUUUUUUUCUUAACUAUUAUAUAUGCAUCACUCUAAUUGUAAAUGUUUUAUUUACUCUGUUAUAAGGAAGUAUAUAGAUAUAUAUAUUUUAGAUAUAUUAAGUUCUCUAGGAAGUUAAUUAUUUAGAUAGCUAUAUUACACCUAUUAUCUAGUGUUUUACGUUAGGUUUCGAACUAGUAGUAAUAUUAUUUAUUGUUAAAAGUCUAGAUUUUUUAAUGGCCUGUUAUAUUGUUAAAUUUUACUUUUGAUUCUAUUUUAGCGUAUAUAUACAUAGACGUUAAUGUAAGAGCUCUCAAAAUACUCAUACUCUCACGUCACACAAACGUUUGCGUCAUUCAAGAGUAUUAAUUAAAAUUUUGAGCUCCAAAAUUUUUAAUUAGUAUUCCCAGUCGAAAUUGCCAUUGUAAUGACCUAAUAACUCAAGUAAUGAAAAAAACAAAUCUUUGCUCAUAUCAAUCAAUAAAAAAAAAUAAUAAAAAUACUUGAGAGCAGAAAGCACUAUCAGGAUCAGCGACCCGUCGUUCGCGCUAUACGUAUUUAAACUAUAAUAAACAAACAGAAAUAUAAAAAAAGAGUCGCGCCGCUCGAGUUUCCGAGCUACAAAACUGUCUUACUCCUGUGCAAUGCGUCGGACUGAUCGGCGUAGUUCAAAAAUCAGACAAUACUACUGUUCUAACCGAUUAGCGAAUAAUUAUAGAGAUCCAAGAAUUAUUCUGAAUAAGAAGCGAUUAAAGCGAAACGAAAGAGUAAACCCAAUAGACAGAAGAAGAUUGUAAGAGGGCAUUUGUAAAUACCUAGUAGUGGUGUAAACCGUAUAUAAUUAUGAAGAGAAUUCCUGCUUAUAAAAUAUGAUUUCUUUGUCUUCACUAUAUAAUAUAUAAAGUAAAUACACGCAGCCAUGUGUAUAUAAACGAGAAACAUAACGAUCGUAAAGAUUUUUCUUAACGAACACACUCGUCCUAAUAUUUGAAGAAAACAAAUCCUCUAUACAUAAAUAGCUCUCGAAAUAACCAUAAUUAUAUACGCAUUUACUCGGUACGAUGUGCGAAGCGACGAAUUUUUUUCGCAAAGUAGAAAGCGAGCUAAGCAAAAAAAAAUAAAGUUUCUGCGAGCUUCUAGUCGGUACGUACUAUACGAAUAACACGUGUAUAUGCGCGCGCUGGGCUUCGCCGUCUCCUCGUGUUACUAUUAAUGUCUUAACGGGCGCUCGCGGAUCUAUAUAUGCAUACACAACGUGGAGGAGAGAAUGAGAGCGCACGCGAAAAAUACACACCGAUACACAGCAGCAGCAGCAGCAACGUAGCAGCAGCAGCAAUGCGGAGCUCGGCCCUUUGCCGAUUUGCGCGCGGCACAUCUGUCAAAACAUAUCUUCUCGGAAAUGAUGUUUAUCUUUAGAAGGGGGUGGAGAAGCUUGUCUGGGAGGAUUAUUAGCUCAUCUAUUAGGCUGAUUUUACGAGGGUUUAAAUUGUUCAUUGGCGGAUAGAAGAGUAUUUUUUUCAGGGUUUAUAACGACAGCGAUCGCUUUGCUUCGGAUUAUGUUGUGCUUUUUGACAAUUUUCUUUGUGGAAGACUAGGAGGAAGGACGUGAGAUGAAAGGCGCGGAAGAUACGUUUUAGCUUUACUUUUACUUUCGUUUUUGGCGUCGAUUUUAUUGCUGCGUUGACUAAGCACUAACGAUGUUACUAUACAUUGUACACUUCAAAUACAAAUAAAACCUAGUCUAAUACUA